AUGGACUCUUUCGACGACGACUCUCACGAGCGCUUUCUCUCCGGCGAACAAAUCGGCGGUCCGUUCGCGCGAAUCGUCGAACAGCCCGCCAAAUGCGGCGUCCGUUUCCGGUAUGAGUGCGAGGGACGCAUUUCCGGCGCCAUUCCCGGGCAGAACUCCACGACUCUGAGGCCCACUUUUCCGACCAUUAAACUCUUCAAUUACAGCGGAAGAGCCAAAGUCGUCGUCUCGUGCGUCACCAAAAACCCGCCCUUCCGUCCGCAUCCGCACAAUUUGGUCGGCAAGAAGUCAUGCAAAGACGGCGUCUGUCAACUCGUCUUUUGCGACGGAAUUUGCGUUUUCAAUAAUCUCGGCAUUUUGUGCGCCAAACGCAAGGAUAUCCGCGAGCGUCUGCGCGUGCGCGAACACCUCCGCUGCGACCCCUUCCGCACGGGUUUCGGCCACAAGUCGCAGGCCUUCAAGAUCAUCGACUUGGCGGUCAUUCGGCUGUGCUUUCAAGUGUUCCUCGAAGGCCCCCAAGAAGGCCAGUUCGACGUCCCGUUGGAUCCGCUCGUUUCGGACCCCAUUUUCGACAAGAAGGCGAUGUCUGAGCUCUCGAUCGCCAAACUGUCGCACUAUUCGGCGCCCGCGAGCGGCGGCCAAGAGAUCAUCCUUUUGUGCGACCGCGUCAUCAAAGACGACAUUCAGAUCCGCUUCUUCGAGGAGCGCGAAGACGCCGUCUAUUGGGAGGCGUUCGCCGACUUCAAAGCCAGCGAUAUUCACAAGCAUUUCGCCAUUUCCUUCCGUUCGCCGAAAUACUGCGACGUUUCCAUAGCGACGCCCGUCGCCGUCAACGUCGAGUUGAGGCGUCCGUCAGAUGGCGGCACUUCCGAGUCCCUCCCCUUCUAUCUGUUGCCGCGCGCCCCUCAAGACCCGCGACAGCGCCGCAAACGGGGGACGCCGCCCGCCAUCGCGUGUCCAGUCGUGUGUCACGAGGAGUACAACGUGUUGCCGACGAUAACGACAACAGAGACGACGGCAAUGGACUUCGAUUUCGACAUGAAUUGCAUUCAAUUGGACGCAAACGAGUUGACGGCGUGUCACGAGUUGUGGGCAGUGGGCGGCGCCUCCGAAGGCCAACUGCUGGACAUCUCGGAGUCGCGCGCCAACUGCUGGCCGUCGAGCGAAGAGUUCGGAAAGACGUUCGCGUGUCUCGUGUGA